AUGCGUUACGGCAAUUGGGACGUGCUCCUUUUUCCGGAUCUCUGCAGAGUUCCAAUCCAGGAGUUCAAGACUCAAUGCUUCGUGGCUAAGGAUAAGGGCUCUCCUAACCUGCACAAGGCUGCAUACCAGGGCAACCGGCCUUACUACCCUGACCCUAACCACUACAACCAACUUCCUGUUCUGACAACCUUUAUCUCGAGUCUUCCUGCAGACAGUCGGUUCCGGGUAUCGGUACAUAGCUGGGAGAAGCCACGUCCUAGUCUUGCAAUUGAGUCUCACAUGGAGCCGGAGGAUGUCUUGCUUUUUGAAGCUCGUGUCUACGUGGAUGGUGUUUUCAUUGCAGGUACUAUCUUUGGGCAGAGAACCGAUUGGCCGCAUGUUAUUGAACUCAGUACUCAUCUCGACCGAGAGGGAAACCCUGACAUGAUGCGCUUCCCUCCCUUUCACCCGGAGAUCCUUGGGCAGAAGCACUGGGAUAUUGAUGACAUGAACGGCCGGAUCAGGGUCGUCAUUGCUGAAGGGUUCUCUCGCCCUAAUCGGUCGCCUCCUUUUGAGCGCUACAAGGAUGUGGUUGCCAUGUCUUUCCAGCAUGCGCCUUUGGAUGUUCUAGAGUACUCCAACAUCGCCUGGCCCAACCCUAAGAUGUGGUUGUCGGCGGGCGAUGGAGCCAGUGGACCCCGGUACUUCCUAGGAAACAGAUACGGCAACGCCAAGAGACUUGAUGAUCCCCAUGGACAUUCUCCGAGCAAGCCCAACUGUACUACGGUCAACUCCAGCAGCCAGUCCAGCAGCAGCAAUGCCGCAACUUACAACAGCAGUCACCACCAGCCUGGCCACCCAUCAAGCUAUGCUUGGACUCCUCACCGGGGCUUUCCUAUUCCCUCCACGCAAUGGAUUGAUUACCCACGUGGACCUCGCUGGGAGGGACAAAACACAUACAUUGAGGCCGCUUUGGACAACUUCGAUGAAACAGCUUGGCGUCAACGCGGUGCUCGAUCUUCUCGGGAGGAUGUCCCCAUGCCAGACUACGCUUCCAGCUCUACCAGCAGCCGUGCCAUCUCGAGCAUGACUGGCGUCAGCUACGAGCAUAGCAAGCAGCCUAGCAUGACCGCCGCCAUGGAUGAGGACCAGUACAACGAGUUAAUCCAGGCUCUCACUCCUAGCAAGUUGCCAACUAUGGGAACUUAUGCACCCUCCAACACUCCUUCGUCCAUCGUUCUCGUAAGCAAGCCCUCUGCCGCCGCCAAAGCACGCUCUGAUGGCUACGGCCGAGUCACGCGCCGCACCUCUGCACUCUGUGAGAUCUCGCAGCCCAGCACCCGUGACGUCUCAGACUCAAGCAUGCAGCCCGUUACUGAGAAGGACAUAGUCGAGCCGUCAGUUUCCAAGGUUGGAUCUAGUGCCAGUGAAAAGGUCAAGAGCAAGAAGGAGGCUUUGAAGGAAAUCGUCAAGGAGGUCGUGGAGGAAGUGAAGGAUGUCGACAACGUCGCCAGCCAGGACACAGCCAAGGCAAAGGAUAUCGCGAAGAAGAUCAAGAUUGCAGUUGACGUUGAGGAUGCUCAUCUGGUGGACCAGGAGAAUGGCCAACUACUUACUUAG